AUGGCGACCGUCGACUUCGGUCGCUAUAAGAGGCUGGUGCAAUAUUUCUGGGAUCCCGAACCGACAAAUGAUGCAGCUUCAAAGUCCCCAAUAUGGUGCUUGGGACAAGAAUAUCGACCUUCCGAAGUCGCUCCUCCCACAAAACCUGCAGAUCUGUCUCCACCGGGUGGCCUUCCCGUCGAUGUUCUAUCUCCCGAUCAACUAGAUACGCCACCCGACAGCAUAGCCAGCGGAAGCAGCUUCGAUCAAAACUUGGCAUAUGACGAGGCGAGGAACGCUGAGGAUGGUGGGGGCUGGCCUCCCUCCUUCUUGGAUGACUUUGAAGCUCGGAUCUGGCUCACCUACCGCUCUAAUUUCCCCGCCAUUCCCAAAUCCCAAGAUCCAUCCGCAUUAUCGACUAUGUCACUCACUGUCAGACUAAGAAGUCAGCUUGGAGACCAGGCCGGAUUUACCUCUGAUACGGGUUGGGGGUGUAUGAUUCGAUCGGGGCAAAGCGUUCUCGCAAAUGCCCUGGUCAUGUUAAGACUAGGCAGAGAGUGGCGCCGGGGCACGUCAAACUUGGACGAACAGGAAAUUCUGUCUUUAUUUGCAGACGACCCGAAAGCGCCCUACUCCAUCCACAAAUUUGUGGAACAUGGCGCCACGGCCUGCGGAAAGCAUCCAGGGGAGUGGUUUGGGCCCUCGGCAACUGCACAAUGUAUCCAGGCCUUGACUAAUGACCAUGGAUCCUCGAAGCUACGAGUUUACAUAACUGGUAAUGGCUCAGACGUAUACGAAGAUAGUUUUAUGCGCAUUGCGAAGCCCGAUGGGGCGGCGUUUGUGCCAACUCUUGUCUUGGUUGGGACACGGCUGGGGUUGGAUAAGAUUACCCCGGUCUAUUGGGAAGCACUGAAGGCUUCUUUGCAGAUGCCGCAGUCGAUUGGAAUUGCUGGUGGCCGUCCGUCUUCAUCCCAUUAUUUUAUAGGUGUCCAAGGGCCUUAUUUCUUUUAUUUGGACCCCCAUCAAACCAGGCCCGCAUUGCCCUUGCCAAAAAGCAUCGAAGAUUUUACACAAGAAGACAUCGAUUCCUGCCACACCCGGCGGCUUCGACGACUCCACGUGAAAGAGAUGGAUCCAAGUAUGCUCAUAGCCUUCCUAAUACGCGAUGUAGCAGAUUGGAGAGCAUGGCGACAAGCUGUGCAGGAAGUUCAAGGGAAGCCCGUAAUACACGUAGCAGACAGAGACCCGUCACUAAGUGGUCUCGGUGUUGAGCGUGACGGGGCUAUUGACGAGGUUGAGACGUUUGAUGAUGAGGAUGAUGGUACCAUGUAG